AGCGAAUAUUUACAUGUCUGCGUUUCAUCCUUAUAAUAUAUAAGUUUUGAAUUUUGCUCGAAAUUUUCGGAUCUAUUCACAAAGAAAACAAUUUUGAAAAUUGAUCGUUUUAUCGUCCGCACACAACUCAUAGGAAUCCGUUGGGGUACUAGAAUCUGUCUACUUUCACGAAUUGAAUAGUUCUUGAUCUCUUUUUUUUUCCUUACACAGCAAAUCACACAAAAUGGCCGACGAAGAAGUGCAAGCCCUCGUUGUGGACAACGGGUCUGGUAUGUGCAAGGCCGGUUUCGCUGGUGAUGAUGCUCCCCGCGCUGUGUUUCCGUCCAUCGUCGGACGCCCAAAGAUGCCAGGAAUCAUGGUCGGUAUGGAUCAAAAGGACUCCUAUGUCGGUGACGAAGCACAAUCCAAGCGUGGUGUGCUCACAUUGAAGUACCCGAUCGAACACGGUAUCGUGACCAACUGGGAUGAUAUGGAGAAGAUCUGGCAUCACACCUUCUACAACGAGUUGCGUGUGGCUCCGGAAGAGCACCCGGUCCUGCUCACCGAGGCUCCGCUGAACCCGAAGGCAAACCGUGAACGCAUGACCCAGAUCAUGUUUGAAACCUUCAACUGCCCAGCCAUGUACGUCGCGAUCCAGGCCGUCAUGUCCCUGUACUACUACUAACUUUUUUUACCACGUACAACUAGCACUGCUAGUACUACAGCUUGAAGGACUUCAUUUGAGCAGCCGUGGUGUACUCUUGUGGUUUUCACACUAUCAGUGCAUCAAUGAUUGGGCCUGAUAUUUUUUUUCCCUGUUGCUUGCACGUGAUUGAUAGAUUUAUCUUUCAAAAAAAUAAAUUACAGUUCUUGAUGAUUGCGUCUCCUGUGUCUCAGGUACGCUUCCGGUCGUACCACUGGUAUCGUGAUGGAUUCCGGUGAUGGUGUUUCGCACACUGUCCCGAUCUAUGAGGGUUAUGCCCUCCCUCACGCCAUCCUCCGUCUGGAUUUGGCUGGUCGUGACUUGACCGAGUACAUGAUGAAGAUCCUCACGGAGCGGGGCUAUUCUUUCACGACGACCGCCGAGCGCGAGAUCGUGAAGGAUUUGAAGGAGAAGCUCACCUACGUAGCACUCGACUUUGAUGCAGAGAUGAAGCAGGCAGCACAGUCCUCAGAAAACGAGAAGACCUUUGAGCUUCCAGAUGGCAACGUCAUCACCGUCGGAAACGAGGUACUACUGCCCCUAGCUAAUUAGAUGGCAACGUCGUUACCGUCGGAAUCGCAUGAAACGAAGUGUGUAGUUAGACGCAGAAAAAGGUUGGUGGCCUCGUCUCUCAGGCUGAAUUACAACUCUUAAAAAUACUAAGAAAUCAUCGCUAAAGAGAAAUCACUCCUCACUGCCUCACACUUUCAGCGAUUCCGAUGCCCAGAAGUUUUGUUCCAGCCGUCAUUCAUCGGAAAGGAGUCCUCCGGUAUCCAUGAUACCACUUUCCAGUCGAUCAUGAAGUGCGACGUCGAUAUCCGUAAGGAUCUCUAUGCCAACGUCGUGCUCUCUGGUGGUACCACCAUGUUCCCGGGAAUUGGUGAGCGUAUGACCAAGGAACUCACGGCUCUUGCGCCAUCCACUAUGAAGAUCAAGGUCGUUGCACCGCCGGAACGCAAGUACUGCUUUACGCCUACAACUAGAGGAUAGUUUCUUCCUGAUGUUGAGCUGAUGUAGCAUGGAACACUGAUGUUGAGUUGAUACGGUCAUAUUCAUAGAAUCGCAAGCAAUUAUUGUCUGCAUUAUUCUUGCUUAUGAGCACCUUGUAGUCGUCUUCUUACAUGACCCUCCAGCUGCUCGAAAUUCUGAUCAAGGCACUGAAUGUGAAUGAAUGAUUGAUCAUCUUUAUUUACAACUACAAUCAGGUACUCCGUGUGGAUUGGUGGUAGCAUUUUGUCCUCGUUGUCGACUUUCCAGCAGAUGUGGAUCUCGAAGAACGAGUAUGACGAGUCUGGCCCGACCAUUGUGCACCGCAAGUGCUUCUAAAUGAUCUCUUGUAACUCGACGGAUGGCGCUAGCUUCUAACAACUACAACUGAUUGAAAGUGGAGUCAGGAGGGGUGACGGAAGUGGAGCAUCAGAGUCCUUUCUACCUCGAGCAAGUAUUCAUCCGGGAUUGUAGGCCCAUUCUUUCUUUCGCUGUCCUCACUCAGGAAAAGUACUAGGAGGAGUACCACGGGAGAAAUGGGAACGACCUCAUGAUGGUACUACGCUGCUAGCAACCACGAUCUGUUCACGCCGAAUCCACCCUUUUCACUUCUGUUAUAGUUGGAUGAAAAAUAAUAGAUUCUCAGUUUUUUCAGUACACCCGCCCCUCACUACUUACUAUCAUUCUAAUCCCGAAUUGUUUUCAUCUGCUAUCCUCAUUGUUCGCUUGCAGGAUACGAAACAUCUUUUUACCUAGUUCUCGUCAACGUCAAAGCACCAUUUUAACUCUAUGAUAAAUCUGUGAAACUACGUUAGAAGCCCUCCUGGUGCGCUAUUCCGUAAUAUUUCAUCCCUCCUGUUGAUCUACAACAUGUCGAUAUGAGUAAACAGACCUCCUUAUUCGCUUUUUUAGGAUCUAAUUAACCUCACGGACACGUCGCACACGUCUUAAAACCUAUUACUCGUCUCACCAUUUUGAUUGUCAGUAUCAGGAUCAAAAGUCCUUUUGUUAAUGUACCAAGGACCAUCGAUUCACUCGACUCGUUGGUAGAAGAAGGGCAUGUCUGUGUAGGACAUUGCGGAAUAUUGGUGAUGAACUCUACAACCAUGCUACAACUUCUGAAGUCUAGAACAAGAAACUCCGACGAUGCCACGACGUUGCUGCAGUAUACGGCCCGUCGCGUUUGGUGCGAAGGCGACCGCUGCGCCCUUCUCUUAAUGCAAUGUUUAACGGGUGACACGUUCACGUUUCCGA